AUGGGUAGAUAUUCUGUAAAAAGAUAUAAGACGAAACGGAGAACGAAGGAUCUGGACUUGAUUUACGAUGACCUUUCAUCUCAGGAUAAGAUACAGAAACUAUUAAACCAACCUCUGGAUGAAACUAAGGCGGGCCUGGGACAACACUACUGUAUCCAUUGUGCGAAGUACUGCGAAACUGCAAUGGCUCUAAAGACACAUUUGAAAACUAAAGUUCAUAAAAGAAGAGUUAAAGAACUGAAAGGUGUUCCUUAUACUCAGGAAGUUGCGAAUGCCGCUGCCGGUGUGAAUUUGAAUAAGUUUUUGAAUAGAGUCGAACAAAUUAAGAAUAGUGUGGGCCCAUCAAAAGAUAAUAAUGAAGUAUUGUUGAAAGAUCAUUUAGAUGUGACGUUAAAGGAUAUCAAGUCUACAGAGCCUGCUUUACCUUGGGCUGAUGGCCAACAAGAAACAAAUGAAAAUAAUGCAGAAAAUAAUCAAACUCCUCAAGUUGAAAAUGCUACAAACGGUACAUUUAUGGGGUAA